CGGCUAUCCUGCGUACCGUGGCGGGCACGUCGCUCGCCUCUAUCCGCGAUUUCCUAAGUGAAAACGCGCGUCGCGCGCGUCCGCUCCGCCGUCCAGUGCCGCGUGCUAUGAACGCGUGAUCCGCGCGCGCGACGUAGACCGCCCGCCGUCGUUCCGCAGCUCGCAGCAGUAGGCACACCGCUCACACCGAGAAAUGGGUAAAACGUUUUGUCAGUCUUGUAAGAAGAAGUGCAGUGGGGAAGUACUGCGGGUGCAGGAUAAAUACUUUCACAUAGGGUGUUUCAAGUGUGCUCAGUGCAACGCCAGCUUGGCACAGGGUGGCUUCUUUGCACGUGAGGGUUCUUAUUAUUGCACUAAGGACUAUCGAGAGCGUUGGGGUACACGUUGUGCUGGUUGCGGGGAGUAUGUGGAGGGUGAUGUGGUGACAGCUGGCGAGAAGCAUGCAUUUCAUCCAAAUUGUUUCCAUUGCCAAAGAUGUCGGCAACCGUUGCUGGGACAGGGAACAAAAGUGUCCCUUGUUCAAGGUCAAGCGUUGUGUCACCGAUGUGUCGGUAUCCCGGUUCGCGAGGCCUCCACGCCGAUUGGCAAUAGCGCCGGUACCAAAGGUGGCGGACACGCUGACCCUGGUGCUUGCGCCGGUUGUGGAAACCAAUUGAGGGAAGGUCAGGCAUUGGUCGCACUCGAUCGUCAAUGGCAUGUCUGGUGCUUUAAAUGUCAUAGCUGCGAUACUGUGCUCCACGGCGAAUAUAUGGGAAAAGACGGCGUGCCUUACUGCGAGAAGGAUUACCAAAAGCAAUUUGGAGUAAAGUGCGCCUAUUGCAACCGUUAUAUUAGCGGCAAGGUCUUGCAGGCCGGCGACAACCAUCAUUUCCAUCCAACCUGUGCGCGCUGCACGAAAUGUGGCGAUCCGUUCGGCGAUGGAGAGGAAAUGUAUCUGCAGGGUGCUGCCAUAUGGCACCCACGCUGCGGCCCAGGACCUACCGGACCCAAUGGCAUCGUAAACGGACACGGCGACGCUCAUACACCGCAGCAUCGGGAAUCGGAGCGAAUUUCCAGCAGCGCUUCAGAGAUGCAGUAUUAUCCCGCACGAACUGGAAGCCCCGGCCUGAUCCUGCGUGAAUACGGACGACCGGCGGAAGAUGUAUCUAGGAUUUAUACUUACUCGUAUUUGACUGAAACGCCCAGUCAAGGAUAUCUGAGACGUCCGAUACAGCCGUACGAUAAACCCCCCACUAGCCCGCAUUUCCACAGACCUAGCUCAUCUCGUUCGAUAAGAAGCAGCGGUGGACGCAGCAGCAGAUCGGGAAUGAGAGCUUUGGUCGACGCGUUAAGCGACACCCGACCGAAAUCGCCAGCAAGCCAGGUGGAUAAUGAUGAGCCGAUAGAAUUAGCGCAUUAUCCAGACGCCAUGAAACCACCCCCAGGGGCUCAACCACCAAUCGAGAGAGACGAUUUCCCCGCUCCGCCGUAUCCUUACACUGAUCCUGAAAGACGUAGACGAUGGUCCGACACUUAUAAGGGAGUACCUGCAUCCGACGACGAGGAUGAAGUGGAUAACAAAACAUAUAUCAAGGAGGCGGAGCAAAAAUUGAAAAAGGAGCAGGACGAAUUGAGCAAGAUCGACACGGGGAUAGCUAAGGUAUUCCUUCAAGAUCGCGAAAAAGAUCGAGAGAAUUUGAGACAUAGAGCUGCGAACGUUGAUCCUAGAAAUGCUUCGAGGACACCGUCUGCCGCCAGAGAGCCAACGUAUCGAUUGCGCUAUGAGAGUCCAGUUGGUGCAUCACCUUCACGAAAUAUCGAUCAUGCACGGCCUUGGGAGGAUGACGAUGGCUUCAGCUACAGAUCCAGCGGUCCUAGCUACAACGUUGGGAGGUCAUCGGCGCGCUCCCCGGCUCCUAGAAACUAUCCACCCCUUGGUACUCAACGCGCCUUCACUCUUCCAAACGCCACUAGACACUAUCAUUCGGGCGACUAUUCGUUCAGCGGGAUGGGCGACAAGACGCACAGCACUGAUUUCUCGUCUGGCAAGUCGGACAUAUCAACAGGCAGCAUCACGGAUGUGGACCGACGGGCAUUGGUAUGUACCACAGCCCCAUACUACUCCCGGAGAAUUAGCAUGAAUGAUGGUGGAAUCCUUCCAUCGUCCACCACGUAUACCGGUGGCCUAGGUUCGGUUGUUGGGGGCCACGGGGGUCAUCACGUAAGAAGAUCGCUGCCAGACAUGGGAGCUGCACCAACCGAACCGCCCAAACUUUAUCCCUACCAUUUACUUGUUAUCACCAACUACAGGCUGCCAGCUGACGUGGAUCGUUGCAAUCUCGAGCGACACCUCUCCGAUGCAGAAUUCGAAGCUGUUCUACAGUGCUCUCGAUCGGAAUUCUACAGACUGCCACAGUGGCGUCGCAAUGAAAUCAAAAGACGUGCCCGUCUCUUUUAACUCAUGUCACAUCUUUUGCUUAAUACACAUCGCGUUGUGUCGCGAUUGCAUUACUGCGGUACGGGACCGUACAUUCCUACUGCGUGGGUAGAUGUAUCGCGGGGAAAAAAAUGUGUUCGACAACCAUUGCGACCAUUCUAUUCUGCUGAUUGACGUGCGCUCGUUAAAAUAAACGUCCUCUAGAUUAGGGCGCACGCAACAUACGCAGACGCAUACGCACACGAAUACACAAUGUAAUGAUGCGGAAGCACUGCCACUUGUCGUCAAUUUUUUUCUCGCAGCAACGAAUCCACAGGCAGCUUUAUCUAUGACCCGAUUUAUUUAGCGAUGUAGUCGUUUUGAGGUUCCAUUUCGGAGCUCUAUCGCGCGACUUGUUUUCACUCAUAUACGUUGACGAAUAUGCAAUGGUGGCUGAUAUUAACAUAGGGGAGAAGAUAAUCAAAUAGAAAAAAAUUAUGAUUAAAACUCUUAAUACAAUUUACUAUUGUAAAUAAGAAGUUAAUCGAGAAGUCGAAAAAGCGGCGUGGAGGAGCAGCUAGGAUAUUUCAAAGUACAUAACCGCGUAUUUGCUAAAUCGCAUACAUACAUAUUAAUCUUUGUGGAAGAUUAUGACGCAAGGAAAAAAAACGCUACUAUAUGUAGGAUUUAUCAUUAUUAAUUUUUAACUACUAUUAAUAUUAUGAUUAUUUACUAUGUGCAACCUGAAGAGUUAAGAAUAGGUGAGCCCAGCUUGCUGAAUGGUGCGAUUGCACUGGAUUAAUCGAACGAGUUGCGUGUGAUUUGUCACUUUUUAACUUACUCUACGACACAAGGAUUAUUUUAUAAAGUAGUUUACGCGCAAAUACGAUGUCUUGUGUGAGGAGAUAUCAAUUUGUCUUUAUCCUUUUAAUUAUCCUUGAUGUGUUAACUAAAGAAACGCUCUGCGGUGCGGAUUGCGAUAGACUUCUAUAAUUACUCGAUCACUCUACAUUAGAGUAUAAAUAAGAAGAUCAGGACCAAAUUUAUAGUUGUGGUGGAUCUAGCAAUAACAGGAAGUAUGUUUUAACUAUAAAUGGAUUUAUUAUCAUAUUCAAUUCAUAUAGCAAUUUUCACAAUAUUUUGGA